AUGGAGAAGCAAAUUGGUUUGGUGAUGUUCGCGGUGGUGAUGCUGUGUAGCCAAUGUUUGAUUGGCGUCGAAGCAAGACCGGUCGUCGAGCGUCGGAAUUUGCUUGCGAAUGGGCUUGGGAUGACUCCUCCCAUGGGUUGGAACACUUGGAAUUACUUUUAUUGUGAUAUCAAUGAGACUAUAAUUAGAGAAUCAGUUAAUGCAUUGGUGUCCACCGGGCUUGCUAAACUUGGAUAUCGAUAUGUCAACAUAGAUGAUUGUUGGGCUGAGCAUGAUCGUGAUUCAACGGGUUAUAUGGUGCCAAAAAGGUUGACGUUUCCAUCAGGAAUCAAAGCUCUAGCGGAUUAUGUUCACGGCAAAGGGCUUAAACUUGGUAUUUACUCAGAUGCAGGGCAUCGAACAUGUAGCCAGACGAUGCCAGGUUCGCUUGGUCAUGAGCAGAAAGAUGCUGAAACUUUUGCUUCGUGGGGCAUUGAUUACCUCAAGUACGACAAUUGUAACAAUGAUGAUUUGAAACCAAUGAAGCGGUAUCCUGAGAUGACCCGAGCUCUGAUGAGAACAAGCAGACCAAUUUUCCUCUCUCUCUGUGAAUGGGGAGACAUGCACCCGGCUCUUUGGGCUAACAAGUUGGGGAAUAGCUGGAGAACAACUUUCGACAUAAAUGAUUCAUGGGAAAGUAUGGUUUCGAGGGCAGAUCAGAAUGAAGUUUAUGCUGAGCAUGCAAGGCCCGGCGGUUGGAAUGAUCCAGACAUGCUCGAAGUUGGAAAUGGUGGUAUGAGUAACGAUGAGUACAUCGUGCACUUCAGCCUUUGGGCCGCUUCCAAGGCUCCUCUUAUUAUCGGGUGUGAUGUAAGGAGCAUGACCAAGGAAACCUUGGCUAUCCUUGGCAACGAGGAAGUGAUUGCUGUAAACCAAGAUCCUCUUGGUGUUCAAGCUAAGAAGGUGCGAAUGUAUGGAGAUUCCGAGGUUUGGGCAGGACCUCUCUCUGGAUACAGAACUGUAGUCGUUCUAUUGAACCGUUCCCCUGAAUUCAGAACCAUCACAGCCCAAUGGGAUGACAUCGGUCUUCCACCAAACACGGUUGUGGAAGUCAGAGAUCUUUGGAAGCAUGCGACACUGGAGAAGAGGUUCGUGAACGAACUGAGAGCCGGCGUGCAUCACCAUGCCUGCAAGAUGUUCCUGUUGACGCCUCUUACACUAUCAGAAGAGGAUGAACCGUUAGUCUAGUCACUAUU